ACUGGAGCUACUGGCUACAUUGGCGGUGACGCUCUGUACGCUAUAGCGAACACGUUCCCAGAUCUCGAGAUCACUGCACUGGUUCGCAACAGCGACAAGGGCGCAAAGAUCGCGUCUCAGUUUCCUAAAGCUCGCCUGGUCUACGGGGACCUUGACAGCACCGAGCUGCUCACUACUGAAGCGUCUGGGGCAAACAUCGUUCUCCACUGCGCCGAUUGUGACCAUGUAGGUGCUGCCACAGCUCUGGUAGCUGGUCUCUCCAAAAGUGAAGUUCCUGGCCCAAGCUACUUCAUACACACCUCGGGCACUGGAGUCCUAUCAUGGGCCGACCUUGAAGAGAAGAGCUACGGCCGCCAUCGAGAGCACACCUAUAAUGACUGGGAUGGUAUCGAGGAAAUUACUUCUCUCCCGGAUGCAGCAUUGCACCGCAAUGUCGACAAGAUAGUUCUAGGUGCAAGCAAGGGCGCAGGCGAUGUCAAAUCUGCGAUUGUCUGUCCAUGCUGUGUAUAUGGACCCGGGCGUGGACCGGACAAUCGGGAGAGCGUUCAGGUCUACAACUACUCUGGGACCACACUGAAGCGCGGCAAAGGCUUCGUUAUCAACGAGGGAACUAAUGUCUGGGGUGAAUCCCAUGUUCAAGAUCUGAGCAACAUCUUCCUGGCGUUGGUCGCCGCCGCCAUGGAACCGGAUGGCGGUAAAGCGACAUGGAAUGACGAAGGCUACUACUUCUCUGAGACCGGUAACUUCGCCUGGGGUGAUAUUGGCAGGGCCAUCGCGAAGAUUGCACACGAAAAGAAAUUCAUUGAUACGGCUGAAGUCGACACAAUCACCGCCGACGAGGCGGAUGGACUAACACCAAUACCGGGCAGCUACUUAUGGGGAACCAACUCUCGAUGCAAGGCCCAGCGUGCAAGCAAGGUGUUGGGUUGGACACCAAAGCAGCAGAGUAUGAUGGCUCUGCUGCCUGAUAUUGUGGGAGGUGAAGCUAGAAAGCAGGGGUUGAUCAAAGGCCACGCCGUGAAGGCUGCUGGAGACGCAUAGAAGGAGAUCUUCUGAAUGUGGGAGUAACAAGGCAUGCACGUGCGCGUGGUUACUCCGCAAUUUUGAUUGGAUUCAAAUUUGGUCGUAAU